CCCAGUUUGAGUCAGAGCUAGGGACCAUGCCGUCCCAGGCUCAGGGAUAAAAACCAUCGGGCCCAAGUGCCAUCCAUAUUCCAUCACCACUCUUUCCUCCACAAACUGGGACUCAUCCCCGCUGCAAAGCACAGCCUAAGAGCAAGGGAACGAAAGACCAUGCUUUCACAUAAUACCAUGGUGAAGGAGAGAAAACAGCAAGCAUCAGCCAUCAUGAAGGAAAUCCAUGGAAAUGAUGUAGAUGGCAUGCACCUGGGCAAAAAAGUCAGCAUCCCCAGAGACAUCAUGUUGGAAGAAUUAUCCCAUCUCAGUAACCGUGGCGCCAGACUAUUUAAGAUGCGACAAAGAAGAUCUGAUAAAUACACAUUUGAAAAUUUCCAGUAUGAAACUAAAGCACAAAUAAAUCACAACAUUGCCAUGCAGAAUGGGAAACUGGAUGGAAGCAACUUGGAAGGUGGCUCACAGCAAGCCCCAUUCACCCCUCCCAACACUCCGGAUCCACGAAGUCCCCCAAAUCCAGAAAACAUUGCACCAGGAUAUUCUGGACCACUUAAGGAAAUUCCUCCUGAAAAGUUCAACACCACGGCUGUCCCUAAGUACUAUCAGUCGCCCUGGGAACAGGCCAUUAGCGAUGAUCCGGAGCUUUUAGAGGCUUUAUACCCUAAAUUUUUCAAGCCUGAAGGAAAAGUAGAACUGCCUGAUUACAGGAGCUUUAACAGAGUUGCCACCCCAUUUGGAGGUUUUGAAAAAGCAUCAAAAAUGGUUAAAUUCAAGGUUCCAGAUUUUGAGCUACUACUUCUAACAGAUCCCAGGUUUACAGUUUUUGCCAAUCCUCUUUCUGGCAGACGGUCCUUUAAUAGGACUCCAAAGGGAUGGAUAUCUGAGAAUAUUCCUAUAGUGAUAACAACUGAGCCUACAGAGGAUACCACUGUACCAGAAACAGAAGACCUAUGAAAAGAAAGUUGUAUUUGCCACAAAACCUCUAAACAUAAAUGUUGCUGUUUUAUUAUUCUACUUACUGGCAAAGCCACUUACAUUCUUCAUUAGUAGCAAUAAUUUAAUAGCAAUUUAGCAAUUUUCCUUUUAUCACAUUUAAAUUCAAUCUCAGAUCAAACACUAAUAAACAAUUUGAAAUCUUGUUUUAAAAACUUUCGACUCGCUUGUCUUUAUUCAUAAUUUUG